AUUACAGUUUUCGUUUCCCAUUCCUCUGUGGAAAUGCAGGAGCAAAGCUAAAUCCCUUGGCUUCCAAGAAGCUCACUCCAUCCCUCCUUCCCUAGAUUCGCUCGCUGCCGUGUUUCUCCCUGAAUUUCUGUUUGAGUACGCCAACUUUUUCUUGUUUUGGGUAGGAUUGAUCAAUCAGUUGCGUUGUUCCUCUGCUCGAUUGCGUGCUUUUAUGGGUCACAAAAUUCUGCUUGGUGCUUUGGCAUCUACAUGUGACUAGAUUGUGGACUUCUUGAACCCUUUGGUGCCAAUGGGAAUACAGAAGAUUCCCCAUUGGAAUUCAGAGGUCGGUCAUUUCCUCUGUCGUUUUUCUUAUGGAAAGGGGAUGGAAGAUAACCCUGUCUCAGGGGCAGACUCAGGUGAUGAUCUUGAUGACUGUCAAUCAACAGAAAUUAGCUGUGAGCUUGGCAUGGUAGAAGGUCAGAUUUGCAGCAUACCUUAUGAACUUUAUGAUCUACCGGAUUUGAGGGAAAUAUUGUCUUUGGAUACAUGGAACUCUUGUUUGACAGAGGAAGACAGGUACCAUCUUUCAGCCUACCUUCCUGACCUGGACCAGCAGACUUUUUGGUUAACCAUGAGUGAGCUCCUUGGUGGUAAAAAUAUGUAUUUUGGGAAUCCUGUGGAUAUGUUUUUCAGAAGAUUGAAAGCUGGAUAUUAUCCUCCAAAGGUAGCUUCUUUAAGAGAAUCUUUGCUCUUUCUUCAGAGGAGAAAGCAUUUCCAUUCAUUAAGGUCUUAUCAUGAUAGAAUGGUUCAAUUGUUCAUAGACAUGAGAAGGGCAUGGGACCAAUGUGACAAGUGUGCUCCUGUUGAAGUAAGGCUUGAUAUGUGGAAAGCUAGGAGAAAGCUCAAGGAUGUCAAUUUGCUUGACCUUAAUACAGUCCCAAAAGAUGGAAAUGUCUCAAAUGAUGAGGAUGAACUUCUUUGUCAUUUUUCUAAGAGAAUGAAGGGCUUGGAUAGCGUUAGAUCAAAUACAUUAUUCCCCUCUCCAUCUGCCAAUGGAAUGAACUUCAUUUCUCCAAACUGUAGCACGAAGGGUGUUCUGAAAGUGAAGACUGCUGGCAGUCGUUUGGUCUGUAAUAAUAAAAAAAAGAGGGUAUUAGGUGAUGUAGUGGAACAAUCUCGACCAAAGGGGCUGUUGAAAGUAGUUCCCAAAUUAUCUUCUUCCUACCAACCACUGCAAUCAGCUCCAUUGAUCAGCACCCAAGGUUUGCAGGAUUGCAAAUUCUCCUCUCUGACCUCAUCAACAUAUUUGUGGAAGACAGGAGGCCUCAGUGAAUCACCAUUUUUGUGGCAGAAUUUUGAUGGUAGCAAAGCUCGUGCAACCUCAGAGCAAUCUCAGUGUAAUUUAGGUCAGCGAGAUGAUACUUUAGUAGGCAGUAGAUUUUUUCAUAGUGUAGACAAAAAUAUAAACAGAGAAGUUAAAAUUACUGAUUUAGGCAAAUGCAAAUUGUUUGGACAUGAUGUGGGAAUUGGUCCUAACGAAGAAUCUGAGUCCUUAAUUGAUAUGAUUGGUGCAAGGAGACUUAACAUUGGUGAUAAAAAUUUGUGGCAGAAGUUUGACAUGAGAGGUAAGGGAUUUUCUGAGAGAUCUGUGGGAUCAUACCCAUUUUCUACUCAGUUCCAUGAUGUUCAGCGGCAGACCAGAGCCAUGCAAAGCGAGGAUACCAGCAUCCAUUCUAGAACUCCUCCUGGGCUCUCAAGAAUUUCAGACAUGGGAGUUGGAAUGCGGGAAAUAUCAUUGUCCUCUCCCAUUCAGCUGAAAAGCUCAAGUGAUAUCCACAAUGAGAAAUCAGAGGGGUUUAAGGAUGAAAGGGUGCUUCCCUUGACAUACAAGCGAAGGAAGUCUCAGGUGAAACUUAACUCAUCUGGGAUAGGAAACAAACAAAUGAGAGGUUCUGAUCUCAGAUCUGCUAAUCCUGAAGAUUCAAACCAACAUUUGGGGGAGAGUGUUAAUGACUUGAAGGUAAACUUCAUGGACUGGGAAGAUACUUCGUCAAAGAAGGAACUAUGAACAUCAUGUGAAGGACCAAUACAUGUCUAGUAUCAAACUCACAUCUUGGACUUUCCACUUUCCAUGUAAUCCUCGGUACAGGUUCCUCUGUAAAUAAAUCAGGAUAUAGUGAAGAAAGAAAGUUGUUAUCUCUGGGUUUAUCCCAUUGUCAAACAAAACGUUGUUGACUCUUAUUCACCUAGUUUCCUAGCUGGUAAGUGAACUUUGAGAUUAUCUGUUGUUUGCAAGCGGCAUGUGAUUUAGGGCC